GCUUCAGUUCACCAAAUUUUGUGUAAGGAAAUGGCGGAUCCAAACCCGCUAGAUGCUCUUUUUCAUUCAGAUACAGAUGAGAGUGUUGUUAAUGCUCUAGUAGCGUCCUUAGAGUCCAAGUUAGCAUCCCCUACAAAUAGGGAUCAUUCUCAAUCUGUUAUUAAUCCGUCCGUUAAUGCCAAUCAUGUAAACAAUUCAUCCUCUAUUCAACUUCAAGCAUUUAGUGAGCAUGGAGUUCAAAACAACAAUGUGCAUUUAUCAAAUUCAAGCGGGAAUAUUAAUAAUUCGAACGCUAAAACUAUUAUUAAAGACAACCAAAUUCUUGGAAUAAAUUCUAUACAUACUAGCUCACCUGUUAUGCAUGUCAACUCACCUGUGAAUUCACAUAGAACUGCAUCUCCAAAACCAUUGAACAGUGUAAACAAACCUUCAUCGCCUGUAGUACAUGUCCUCCAAAGUCAUGCCAACCAGACAGGAUCUUCUGUUCAACUGGGGAGAACAACUCCUUCACCAAUCCAUGGAACUGUGAUCAACACUACACUUAUCCAUACGCAUUCACCGAACAUACAAAGUAUUUCACAUCCGCAUGCAGUGACACUACACAAUGAUGUGAUAAACAGAACUUCACCGUCUCCUCAUAAUAACGUGACAUCUGUUCAGCAGGGAUUAGUGCAGCAACAAGUUGUUCGAAAUCCUCAAGGUGUUGUGAUUUCAUCAAAUUCUCAACAGUUUACUCAAAAGACAAAUGUGCAUAUAGUUCAUAGUGCUAAUGCGACAUCUAUGGUAUCUCAGCCUGGAUCUAAUCCUGUUAUCACUGUUCGUGGACCAGCGGCAACAUCACAAAUAACAACACUUAGACCUCAAAUAGUGACAUCAACAAUAAACACUUCUUCACCAAGACCGCAAGGAAAUGUGCGAAUACAAACUGCAAACCGCAUGCCAAAUGCACCUAUUCGAAUUGCAGCGUCUUCACAACCAAGUCAGAUAAAUAUAGCCCCCAGACCCGGGACACAAGCAAAUACUAUCACCUUACCACCUGGUCUAGUUCCGGGUCCGGGAGCAGUGUUGAUGAAGAAUGAGCAUGGACAGAUUGUAUUAGUUCAGCAAGGUGCAAUAGCCGGCCAGCACAAUGUCUCGUCAGUGGCCAUAUCAACCAGUAACACCCCUCACAAGGUCCAGUAUGUCCGGCACCCUACUGCAAACACCGCUCAAAGACUUCCCACGGGUCAGAUAGUGCACAUCCAACAUGGGGCUCCAUCUCCCACCCCUACUGCGGUGCGGCAGGCCAUGCCGUCCCCAGUGAAUGCAGUACGCACACAGCAGCCAGUCCGGGUUGCCGCGCCACAGGGCGGCAUGCAAACAGUCAUGCGUACCUCCACACCAACUGCAGGGAGUCAGGCUGCUGCUGCCGCCAAUGCUCAACAGCAGGCGAUGAUAGAUAAUGUAAAGAAAUGCAAGAAUUUCUUGUCCACGCUGAUCAAGUUAGCCGCUAGUCAACCGGAGGCGACAGUCAGCAGUGUUCGUGAUCUCAUACAAGGACUUAUAGAUGGCAAACUGGAACCUGAAUUGUUUACAGAACGGUUGCAGAAAGAGCUCAAGUCAUCACCACAGCCAUAUCUAGUUCCAUUUCUCAAGAAAAGCCUUCCACUAUUGCGCCAGUCUUUGUUGAACAAUAAGAUGUCAAUAGACGGUGUGAAGCCGCCUCCACCUGAGAUAGUACAACAAUCCUUACCAGUAUCUGUUGCGCCAGUUCCCACUGCUGUGUCGCACCCACAACAGGCCAUUCCACGCGUUGUCAAUCAGGUCCACCCCAAGCCUUCUAUGCAGACCAGCGGCUCAUCCAAGCCUGCGAUGAAUAAGCAGAUGAAUAUGAUGGGUGGAAAUGUGCCAAGCACCGUGAAAGCCUUCCAGAAUCGUGUCGCUGGUUUUGCCCAGAACUCGAGUCCGGGGCCGUCGCAGUCUCUAAAAGAUAACAAGCGUGUCAAAGAGUCAUUUAGAGAUGAUGAUGACAUCAACGAUGUUGCAACCAUGGGUGGUGUUAACUUGUCAGAAGAGAGCAAAAACAUAUUAGCAACAAAUGCAGAUUUCAUUGGGACCCAAAUUCGAUCAUGCAAAGACGAGACAUUCCUUCAUCAUGGGCCUUUAAUGAAGAGGAUUCACGCAAUAGCUAAGAAGCAUGGAAUCACGGAAGUGCCUGCAGAUGUGGCCAACUUGGUGUCCCAUGCUACGCAGGAGAGGCUUCGACACAUAGUGGAGAAACUGUCAACAAUAGCUGAACAGAGAAUGGAAAUAUAUAAGAUCAACGAAACGUUUGCUUUAUCUGUGGAUGUGAAAGGGCAGCUGAAGUUUCUGGAGGAGCUGGAUGUACUGGAACGUAAACGGCACGAUGAGCAGGAGAAGGAAAUGCUUCGGAGGGCCGCCAAGUCACGUUCAAAGCACGAAGAUCCAGAACAUCUUAAGCUUAAACAGAGGGCCAAAGAUCUGCAGCAAGCAGAAAUGGAGGAAGUGCGUCAACGGGAGGCAAAUCUAACAGCUCUGGCAGCAAUAGGACCUCGGAAGAAACGGAAACUGGAUGAGUCCGCUAAUGCAUCCAGUAGUAUGACAAAUGGGCCAACCUCCUCCACCUCCUCUUCCUCCUCUUCUAAAUCUAGUUUACGACCACGAGUGAAGAGAGUUAACCUCAGGGACCUUCUGUUUUUAAUGGAGCAAGACAAAACUUUAGCUAAAACCGAAACACUCUAUAGAACGUUCUUAAAAUGAUGAAGGUUGGAAGGAUAGGAUUUUGUAAAAGUGCUUUAUUUACUCGUUCUGAUGCAGGAAUCAGCAGUUAUUGUUUGUCAAUGAAACAGCUGUGAUAUGCUAGAACAGUGUGCGUCAUUUUGUUAGCACAGAUUUCAAGGAUCGGUCAGCUGUGAUAAGCUGGUCUUGUGUAGUUAAUUGUGUGGAUAAAAUGGUGGAUAGAAUUGUGGAUAGAAGUUGAGGUGUCCCAAAAUCUUGAAAAUUUACUUCGGAAGGCAGCAUUGACUAAGUCUGAUAGUCGUAAAGGAAGAUUUGUAUUAUAUUGAUAAACAUUGAAAAAGUAUAUUAAUAGUAAUUUCAUUGACUGUUUUCUGAAAGAAACCUAUCUGUAAGCAAGUUAACUCUUUCAGUGCUGGAACCGAAUUUUGAAGGCCUUUGCAAACAGUUUGGAUCCAGAUGAGACGCCACAGAAUGUGGUGUCUCAUAAGGAUCCAAACUGUUUGCUAUUAUGAUAGUAUUCUUUGAAAAAAAUCAAAUAGAAUGCAAAUUUUAGAAAUUCAGCAUUUUAGCAGAGGACAAAGUUCCCAGCAUACAAAGGGUUAACAUUGCUUAGGUAGUCGGCCACUGGCAAUCUAUAUAUCACAUUAUGUUUGUCUUUGAAUGUCCGAAAAACAUAUUUAAGAAAUUUUUCAAAGGUAUUGCAUUAUUCAGGCAUACAUAUUAACUGACAUAAAUAAUUGUUUCAAUAUAAAUUUAAUGUCCAGAUUUUUUAUUAUAAAGAAAUAACACAAAAUAAUAGCAUGUAACAGCAAAACGAAAGAGUGCUAAUUUGGAAAGAAAAAAUCAAUAGUCAGUUGAAUUACAGAAAAUGUCUAGUGUCAUAAAUACCAGUGCUCAAAUAGGUACCCACAAAAAAAUUGAAUAUGUGGGUCAAAUUAUUCCCGCGGAUCCGGGUCAAAGUUUCUGAGAACGAUACCGGUUUGGGUCACAAGCUACGAAGUACAAGAUUACAUGUUGAACUGUAGUUGAAUUAUCUCUUUUAAACAAGUGAAGUAAAAUUACAUCGUUUAUCAUUUUAAGCAGUGUUGUUAUUACAAAUAGUCAUAAAUGAAAAGCAGUGAAGCACCAAAAGCACUAACGUCGAGUUUAGUUUGUUAUUCACAUCCCAAAAUGGCGAUGUUCAAAAAGACGAAACUUGUAUUAUAAAAUAUAUUGACUUUAAAGUAGAAAAGGCAGCUAAAGCUUACAGUGAAAGUUAUUUUGGCUUCCCUACUCAGAAGAAGACAAGCUUUAUUUUUGCUUUUCCUAUACAUGCACUUUUGAUCGCUAUUUCAAGUAAUACUAACAUCUGCUGAUUAGGUUCAAAACGCUGUGUAAACCUAAUAAAUAGUUAUAUGCAGUUCAGUUUCAUUCGUUUUAAAUAAAUCAAAACAAGUUUAAUUCUCUAAACAAUAUACUUGACAAACAGUUGAAUAUUAAGAAUGCUAAAACAUGCUAUGACAAUUAGUGUAUUUUUAUUAUCCCCCGCCAUAGGCGCAGGGAUAUUGUUUUAGCGUUGUCUGUCUUUCCGUACAAAGCCAUAUCUUGGAAGUGCUUUGGCGGAUUUCAUUGAAACUUGGUAUGAGUAUGUAUAUGGAUAAGAUGAUGAUGCACGCCAAAUUGCAUUGUACACCAUCAGUUAAUAACAGAGUUAUGGCCCUUUGUAUCUUAAAAAAUGCUUUUUUUUGUGUGUAUGGAGCCAUAUCUUGGAAGUGCUUUGGGGGAUUUCAUUGAAACUUGGUAUGAGUAUAUAUAUGGAUAAGAGGAUGGUGCAUGCCAAAUGGUAUUGUACACCAUCUGCUAAUAACGGAGUUAUGGCCCUUUGUAUCUUGAAAAAUGCUUUUUUGAGUGUCCAAUAUAAUACUUUUGUGUCCAGAAGCAUAUUGGCAGGGGAUAUCAAUUCAACGAAUUUGUUUGUUUUAAUUAACUUAUGUAUUAUUUGACCUGACCCGAAUUAUCUAGGGUAUUUAAAUUUUGACCUGCCGACCCGACCUGAAGAAUAUUUUUGACCCAUGUGAGCCCUAAUAAAUACCAUUCUUGAGAUCUAGCCCUCCUUCUACUGUAUAAAUUACGCCUAAAUAUUGAUUAUUGCUGUUUUUGUUUUUCGCCUUCCUGAUUGUAUUGGCUGGUUCCAGUUAUUUUUUUGAUAAAAGAUGAAUUUGACAAAAAUAUUAUUUACUUCGAUUGUUUUCAGGAUAUACUUACACACAAAAACCGUAGCAGUAUUUUAGUGGCCAAAAACAUAAGUUAUAUAAUUAUUGUGUUUUUGAAAGCAUAUUUAAGUCUUAAUUGAUGAAUAACUGCAUGUUCUAAAAGAUCGGGAAAAGUAUAAAAAUAAAGUUAUUGAGUAUGAUCAUCAACUUCAAUUUGUUGUUAAGAAAUUAACCUUAAGUUGUCCAUCAAUAUAUGAAUACAGUUUAGUACUGUGUACUCAAAGACUGAUUCUGGCAUUUAAAAAAACAACACAAAAGAAACCAGAACUGAAACAUUUGACUAUUGGAAUACAGUUUGGUUUAAAGGUUACACAAAGGUUGUAGUUUUCUGUCAGAAAGCACUUGCAUCUCAAGACAAUUAGUAUCAUGAUAUGUUCAUAUAAUAAAUGGAAGAUGAUAGAUGAUUGUUUAUUCAAGUAAUAUUGAUCAAACUUUUACGAUCCAACAACGGGUAACAGGUUUACCCAUUUGUGCCUAGCGUCUAGAAAGAAGGCCUUGGCAAACAGCGUAGACCCAGAUGAGACGCCGCAUGAUGCGGUGUCUUAUCUGGGUCUACGCUGUUUGCUUAAAGGAAUUUCUGUAAGAAAUAUUCUAAAUAUAGGAAUAAUUAUACUAGACAUCCCUAAUUUUGGAAAUAAAUUGAUCCAAUUUAAAAGGAUUGGAGAGUCCACUAGGCAUAAAUGGGUUCAACAUCUGUGGCUCAGCUGUGUGUAACUGACGAUUGUCCAUUACAUGAAGACUAAGUUGGAAACAGUGGUUAUUAUAUAAAGUUGGAUACGGUUAUAUAAAUGAAGGGUAGCAUUCCUGUUUUUCUGGCACCGUGUUUAUAAAUCCUUGGAUUUGUGUGUGUUAUUGACAUGAAAAACUAUAUUAGUUUGUGUAAUGAUUAUUUAUACUGCUGGCUCAAAUUUUAAAUGGACAAGAGAUUGGACUUUUUUUGUAUGAUCUCACUGUUACAUGUUGAUUUGUUUGUCUUCAUGAUUGAACUGCUUAGUACUGUUUGAAUGUAAGUUAUGGACCUAUAGUUACCAACCAAAGCUUUACUACACUAGUAGAAAAAUAGUGCUCUUGAAAGUGGUAUGUUUUGAAAAGGCUUCAUGUCCAUGAAUGCACUUUUAUCAAUGCAAAAAAAUUAGCAGUUCUUUUUCCACAUGAUACUUAUCUCUGACAAUACCCUGAUACACAUCGCAGCCUUGCAUAUUUGCUAAUGCACAAACAAGUGUGUGUUAAAGCAAGGAUAUUUUUUUAUUCUUCAUUCUUAGAAUGAAUUGUGCAUUUUGUUUGAAUGCAAAGUAAUUGUUACAGGUAUUUUAAUUAUGUUUGCCAUGCACUCAAUUGUUAACAGUUAAGCAUCCAUGUCAGACUUCCUUCAAGUCAGCAUGAUUUGGAUUAUACGUGUUAUUACAGGAAUUCUCUUAUUUUUUUAUCAUGAAGUUCAUGGAUCUGUUCAUUUUCAUUAUACAUUAGUAGUUGAAACUUUUAAAGAUGAAAUUCUGUUGAAAUAUACAAGGUAUCAUAAAAAUUCUUUUUAUAACAUUUCUGACAAUAAUAUUACUUCAAAUGAAUUAGUGGUGUUGUUGCAGCUAUUACACAUUUCAGAACGAAUAUGAGCUGCGUCCUGUGUCAAUGAGUCCUAUGCCAUAUGCAGCCAGUGUAGGUAUAUACCUGCCCAGGCAGUCUCGUCUGGGGCUUCCCUGUCCUCCCAGCCAGUGUUGGUUCAUACCUGCCCAGGCAGUCUUGUCUGGGGCUUCCCUGUCCUCCAAGCCAGUGUAGGUUCAUACCUGCCCAGGCAGUCUUGUCUGGGGCUUCCCUGUCCUCCACCACAAAAGGUUGUGUGACUUAACCCUUUAGUAGGGGCCUUUACCACUUGUCUUAGAUGUUUAUUUUGAAACAUUUGUAGUCCCUUAGAAACAGGGUUAAAUUUAAUUAAAGACCUUACUAGAUUCAAGUUUUAAAGGCUUCAUUUCUAACCCUUAGAUACUGAUUAGAAGCAAACAGCAUAAUACCUGAACAGACCCUGAGUAACUCGCAGUCUGUUCUGUUUUUAUGCUGUUUGCACAUAGCCAUUUUUACUUUGCUUCUGAUCGGGAAAAGUAUUAAAGGUGGACAGCAUAGCUACUGGCAAAGCUUUAUGAUUGGGCAGGCUGGUCUGCAGCUACUUGGAUGCCAUAUGGCGCAAGACCCGCUUUCGCACGACACAUCUUAUAGGAAUAUGUGAUUCUGAUCUGUUAACAUACCUGGUGACUUUUCACACAUUACUUACAUUAUGUUAAAUGUUUUGUAUACUUAUAGUUUAUGAAGUGUGUCAAUUUUGUUUGUACAUGGUGUACAUUUAAAAUAUAUUGAUUUCAUAUGAAAAUGAUAAAUUCAUUUGCAAAUAAAUUCUACGAAGAUGUA